CUAUAUUUUCUAUGUCUAUGGAACACAUCCUGAGAUCCGGAUUUAUUUUUUGACAGUUCUAUUUUUUGAUAUUAUCUUCGAAAUAUUUGAUUCUGUUAAUUGAGUAUAGUCUAUUAUAUAGUUUAUUGUAUAUUAAGAUACAAUUAUUAUGAAAAGAGUAAUCAUUUUCGUCAAUGGAACCGAUAUUAAUGGCAAGGUGAUGCCAUAUUACAUUAACAGUAUUUGUGGUGACUCAUUCAUUAAACGAAUUAUUAGUAGCAGCUAGUGCAAAAUUUGAUAUAAUCGCAAAAAGGAUUUUUACAUCACAAGGUGGAGAAAUUGACGAUAUCAAGCUAAUUAGAGAUGAUGACAUUCUGUAUGUUUCAAGUGGAGAAAGUUUUAUGCAGGUAAACAAGAUAUGUAGUCAUAAUCAAUUAAAUAGGAAUUCAGAAUGGAUUACACUGAAUGUCGGAGGGAAAUAUUUUACUACAACUAGAGACACUUUGACAAAGAAAGAGCCUAUGAGUAUGUUAGCAAGAAUGUUUACAGAAACUGCAAAUGCUGAACAUGCAAUACAGCCAAGUAGGCAAGAUCAUCAUGGAGCAUAUUUAAUUGACAGAAGUCCUACAUAUUUUGAGCCAUUAUUAAAUUAUUUGCGACAUGGUCAAGUAAUUCUUGAUUCGAAUAUUAAUAUAGCUGGAGUAUUGGCAGAAGCUUCUUUUUAUGGUAUUGAUGGUGCUAUUCAAAUCCUUACUACAAUGGCAGAAAAGGAAGAAUUGCAGAAAGAGGGUCUUAUAUCUCUAACUCGCAAAGAUGUACUUAAAGCCAUCAUGUCAACAUCAACUAAUGCAGAACUUAGAUUCCAGGGAGUUGAUUUUGUAAGAGCUGAUCUUUCAAAACUAGAUCUUAGGAAUAUUAACUUUAAGUAUGCUAUCAUGCAUCAUUGUAGUCUGGCAGGUGCUAAUUUGUCAGGAUGUUGUUUUGAGCGUGCUGAUUUAUCUCAUGCUAAUUUGCAAGGCGCACAACUUGUAUGUGUCAAAAUGUCAUGUGCAAAUUUAGCUGCAGCCAAUAUGCAUUCGUGCAAUUUUGAAGAUCCUGGUGGUCUACCAGCAAACAUGGAAGGUGUAAAUUUGAAAGGUGCUAAUCUUGAGGGUAGUAACAUGGCAGCCGUCAACCUCCGAGUAGCCACAUUAAAAAAUGCUAUUCUUAAAAAUUGCGUUUUGAGAUCUGCUGUUUUAGCUGGUGCUGAUUUGGAGUGCUGUGACUUAUCUGGCUCUGAUCUACAAGAUGCAAAUUUGCGCGGUGCGAAUUUGAAGGAUACUGCUUUUGAGUUAAUGUUAACGCCACUGCAUAUGUCUCAAACAAUACGAUAACAAUGAAUGUUAUACUGCAUAUUACUGCAGAUUGAAUCCUAUAAUAAUGUGAUGUUUGAUAUAAUUCAUAAUAAUUUAAAUGAGCAAUAUUUAAUAUUUAAAAUAUCUUUUGUGUCAUUAAACAUAAAAGUAAUUAUUUUCUGAUAUAAGUGUUAUUAAUUAACAUAUAAUACUAACAUUAUUAUUUUAUUUACAAAAUUACUGUGUGUAACAGUUGAAGCGUGAAUUAAUGUGUAAAAUCUGAUGGUUUCUUAAGUGGUUUAUGUUAAGUUUAUAUAUUAGUUUUUUCAUUAUAACAAAUAUUUCAAAGUUAUUUACAAUAUAUUUGUAUAUAUAUGCAUUUUUCAUAUUUUUAUAAUUUGUGAAUUAUUUAUGUAAAUAUUUUAUUAUAUCAUUUUUUUAUCCUUGAUUUAAAAUAUCAGUGCUAGGAUUUACUUGCAUAUUUUGGCCCGAUUUCGUGACUCACGCCUAUUACUUCUCACUUAAGGCUAUCGCACACGAAUUUCCAUAACUGUAAGCAAAAGACGUAACGUAAGAAUUAGCCAAUGAAUGAGCAUAUAGAAUAAUUCAACCAAUCAUAGACUAUCCAUAAGUUAUUGUGCGUAACAGUAAGCAUAAAAUAUAAUUUGAUUAAUCAAAAACGAUUUUUAGAAAAAAA